CGCAGCUGGUCUCUCAUUGGUUGGACUGGCUGGAGAGGUUGUAUCUCACACAGCAGGGAUGGAGUGAUCAGCCUCAUACAGAGAGUGGAGUGAGGAGCCGCUGGAAAACUGUGCUUUUCAAUCCCAGACAUUCCCAAAUCAAUAAAGCGCUGCAGACCCACGGCUGCGUCAGUGCCUGAUCAGAGCCCGGAGUUCAGCUUCAUACGCAGCGCAGAGACACUCAGAGUCCAUCAUGAAGUCUCAGCACAAAUGCAUUGUGAUCUUUGCGCUGGUGUGCUGCUGUGCUGUGCUGAUAGCACUAAUAUUCUCUGCUGUAGAUGUGUGGGGGGAUGACGAGGACGAUAUCGCUGAUGGAAAAUGCAGCAGUGCCUGCCGUGUUGUGCUUGUUGAGAAUAUUCCAGAAGAUCUGUCCAUUCCAUAUAAGGACACAGUUUCACUGGCCGCUGGUCUCCAUGACCUUUUGGAUCAAGCACAUCGAUCUGUUGAGAUCGUGUCACCAUGGUGGGCACUGAACUCUACUGAGUAUGAGUCAAAACCUCCCCAGGCCAAACAGGGUGAGAUCUUACUCCAUCAGUUGAUGAGUCUGCAGUCUCGGUCAGUCAGUUUGAAGGUGGUCAGUGGACUAACUAAUUCCUCAGAGCUCAGAGUACUCACUAAGAGUGGUGCCGAGGUGCAUUACCUGAACAUGACAGCCCUCAUGAAAGGUCAGCUCAACUCCUCAUUCUGGGUGGUGGACAGGAAGCACAUGUACAUAGGAAGUGCUGGCAUGGAUUGGAGGUCACUGUCUACGAUGAAGGAGUUGGGCAUCAUUAUUUAUAACUGCAGCUGUCUGGUGUUGGACCUGCACAAGAUAUUCAGCCUCUACUGGCAACUGGAGUAUAAAGAGUUUUUGCCGUCAACAUGGUCCAAGAAACUAAACGCUCUGUACAACAGAGACAACAACCUUCAACUGCAUCUGAAUGACACUGAAGCAAAAGCAUACUAUUCAAGUUCUCCAGAUGUUUUCUGCCCAAAAGACCGGACGAAAGACCUCGAGGCCAUUAACAGAGUCAUUCAAAAGGCUGAGACAUUUAUCUACAUCUCCAUAACCAACUAUCUACCAAUGCUCAACCGCAGCCAACCCAAGUACUGGUCACGCAUUGACAACAUGCUCCGAGAAGCCUUGAUUCUGAAAAAAAGCAUCAAAGUACGCCUGUUGAUAAGCUGCUGGGAGCAGACGGACCCACUGACGCUGAACUUCCUGUGGUCUCUCAAAGCACUGUGCACUGAGUCAGUCCGCUGCUCAGUGGAGGUGAAGUUCUUCAUUCCACAGAAGCAGAGCAAUGGACAUCUCUAUGGAGUGAAUCACAACAAAUACAUGGUGACAGACAGAUCUGUGUAUAUAGGGAAUUUAAACUGGGUGGGCAACGAGUUUGUCUACAGCGCCGGGGUUGGUGUUGUGAUCAGUCAGCAGGUGAAGAACAACUCAACUGUAGUUGAACGGAUGAAAGCUGUCUUUGAACGAGACUGGCAUUCCCACUACAGCAAAACGAUCCAGCCAAACAAGAUCCCAGCAUGCAGCAUGCACACGGCAAGCGGUUCUCUCUGAAUACAUGUUUGAAAAUCACAUGCAAACCUUAAACUUAUCAGUUGUUUACUUUCAGUUGUACCAAACACUUUUAAUUUCAUACAGCAAGUAAAGCUUUCUAUUGAAACCAUGUUUUGUAAGGUAAUAACUGUUUUGCUAUAUUGUUCGGCCCUGAUUUCAGCUGUUAUUAAGAUGCAUUUUCGUGAUGCAAUCACAAGUGGUGCUAUCAGACGCUGAGCUGUCAUCUUUAUUCAUUUCAUUCGCCUCCUUUUCCAUAUUGCUUGGAAGCAAGGUGACACGGUUUGUUUGGUUUGACUGUACGUACUCUGCACUCCCAUGAUUAGAACUGCUCACAGGAGAUGCAUUUGAGAUACAAACAUCACACAAAUGCAUCUUAAUGUCACAUGGAAAUGUUGUAUGAAUUGUUUUAAGAUGUUUGUCUCUGCUUAAGUGUUGCACUGAGACUUUCUAUUCUAAAAAAAAAAAAAAAAAAAACUUUCACUUUUGUAUUCAUACAAUUUUGAAUGUGCUUCCAGAAAUUUUUAAGCAUAAAAUGGUGAGGCAUAAUUAAUAUUAUGCAUUAUCAAGCACUGUAUUUGAAAGUUUAUUUCAUAAAUAAUUUUUACAAGCAGGGUUUUACAAAAUCUUUCUACAAAUGUUCAUAUAUCUUGAUUUUUUGCUGAUUCAGUAUAUAUUUGCAAGGUGAUUUAUGUUGAUGCAUGUUGAUUCAACACAUGAUAAAAUAUGCUGGUAAAUUAGUAAUUGAUUUAUUUGCACUUUGUAUUUUAACUAACAUUAUGACUAUGCUUCAAUGAAAUUACAUUUUCUGUCAUAAUUUGUGUUAGAAAUGAACCAGAAAAUAUUAUUCAAAUGAAUGUUUUCAUACUGUAAAGUGUUCUUCACUUAGGGGUAAACAGAGAUUUGAUAUACCAGUGGAGCAGUGGAAGUUUAAUUUUAAGUUAAUUUUUUUUUUUUUUAAUCUGACAUUAAAAAUGAAAACUCUGGACAUUUUUUAUAGUUGGUUUAUAAUUUAUGUCAUUGUCAUUAAAACUAUGAUAACUAUUCUGGACACAUUUAACUUUUGUUUCACAAAUUUUUUACUGAUUUAACAGUAGUUGUUUCUCACCAUGGUUGAGAAUUGUGUGCUGAGGUAUAUUUGCAUCUGUAGAUUUAAGACAUUAGUCUAUUAGCAUGAAUGUUUGCCUUAAGGUACGAGGCAAAUACUUCCCAUAUUAUGUAGUGGGCUUUGAAAAUAAACAUAGAUCUAAAAGGAAAAGGACGGUUAAACAAGAUUAGAAUUGAUAAAUGCUAAAAAUUCCUUGGUUGAUCUGACAAAUCAUUUUAAAACUCAACAGACUGGCUUUUCUUUAUUAGAUGUACUAAAGUUUUUAAGUUGUCGGUUGAUAGUUGAGUUAACUUAACAUGUUUAGUGUGAUAGGUUGCCUUAUUUUUUUAAAGUUAGGUCAACCUUUUUUUUUUCUUUUCUUGUCAUAAAUACCAAUGCCAUCGAGGAAAAAAAACAGCUCUUCUGUAUCUUUGUGUCCAUGUAUAUGGCCCUUGACCAGCUGCAUUAAACCUCUAGGAAUAGCUCCAAGAACUGUACUGUAUUCUCUGAAAGGAAUAGGGAAGUUUUCCACAGUCAUGAAGCAUUCAUAAGACAAGAAAGUACUAGAAUUGUCAAAUAAAGAAAACAUAUGAAAUACACCUCCAUUAAACCAAUUAAUGAAAAAAGAGAUUUGUUACUAAUAUAAAUAUUAUUCCACAAGAGAGUUUUGUGAGGGGAGAAAUUGUAGCUAUAACACAGCUUUCAUGAAAGAAGAGCCUGCUGAUGAAAAUUAGCUAAUUUAGCCAGGAGUUUAUUAUGCAUAUAAUUAAGAUAAAGGGGAGGCCUCCAAUUUUAUCGGUUAGGAAUAAAAAACAAAAAGAAUUUUGAUUAAUUAAACACCUUCUUAGCCAGUUUAUUGUAAACGCAUAAACAGUGUUAUUAAAAAAAUAUAAAAUAAAAAGGGGGAAAUCAGGCAACCCUGUCUGAAACACGUCUUCUAGAAAAUCUUUGGGAGGUUAACAUAUUAACUAUGACAGAGAAGGUAAUUCCUUUAUAAAACAUUUCAUUUACGAUGAUAAACGAGUCCCCAAAACCAAACAAUUUGAGAAACUGCAAAAGAAAUCCAUGCUCAAUGGUGUCAAAAAGACCUUAUAAAAGUCCAAGAA